ACUUGAAUUCGGUUUUAUUACUUUUUAAAUCUUUGGGAAUCGGGACGGUCGGAAACCAUUUUUUUACGAAAUGAAGCUGCGUUUUGUUACUUGGAAACUGAUUAAAAAAGUCUAAUUAAUGGCAAAGCGCUACAGUAUAGGCGGUAGACCGUAAAUCCUAUAAUACCAGUGACCGAAACACAGACAAUACAAAAAUAAAAGUAAAAAUACUGAGUUUAUUCAUUGUGAAAUACAUCCGUCCUCUUUGGUAAUAAAAGGUUAUAAAGACAAUAAAAUGAAGUGUUUAACGUGUCUAAUGUUACUAUUGUUCAUACGAAACUCAGUGAAAAGUGAGAAGCCGUUUAAAAGUGUACCAGUGACUGUAAAAACUUAUGAAAACGAUACCGUGUUGUUACCUUGUUACAUUGAAGGGAAUGAAGGCAAGCUCCGCGUCCGUUGGUACAAAGACAAGACUCUCCUGGGAGACAGCCACACUCCUCACGAGACCAUGCCGCCCAGGGUACAGAUGCACUCCAACUACAGUCUGCAGGUGGACAACCUUCAGACGCAGGACACUGCUGACUAUACGUGCGAGAUCAUCCGACCGGAGCCCUGGGGUCCAGUAAAGCAGACACAUUCUAUUGAAGUGCUAUAUUCCCCAACAGUAAAGACGAUACCAGAAGAUGGUUUCCUGGAAGUUCGCAAGGGAGAUUACGUGGACAUCGGAUGUGAGACCACGGGCACUCCGCCCCCUAUCGUGGACUGGAGGAAAAACGGGGAACCGAUGGCGUUGCUAGAGCAUCGCUCCCGCAUCAGAUUCAGGGCGGAGCACCGGUUACUGGCGGGAGUAUACGAGUGUAUUGCCAAUAAUGGAGUGGGCGAGCCUGCUAGAGCCACUAUAACUGUCGUUAUACAAGACGCCCCAGUGGUAACAUCAGAUCGUACGUACGUGCACACUGCAAUAGGGCUCCGCGCCGCUCUCGCUGCCAAGCUGGAGUUCGCAGUCCCACCGGCUAGGACUGCCUGGUACAGGGAUGGGAGACCCGUGAGGACUGAUGAUAGGAUAGUACAAAUGGUACAUGACAACGUACACCACCUUAUCUUCAGGAGUGUGAGGAAGACUGACUUUGGAAACUACACUUUCAGGGCGGAGAACAAACUGGGCAUGGCAGAUCUCAUGUUCAGGCUAACUGGUGUCCCAAACGCAGCUUCUUUCAAAGUGGAUGCUACUCUGAACAAGGCCACUGCAACGAGCUUCACUCUCAUCUGGGAAGUCGACUCCUAUUCCACUAUUAUUGAGUACAAUCUCUGGCUCCGUCCGUACUACGGGCGGCUGGUGACUUCCGAACCAGACUCGUUCACCACGGAGCCGCCCGCCAACCACUGGAUCAAGAUUGUGGUGCCCGGAGACUCCAGUGAUGGCCCAAUCCACAGUGCAAUCUACACUGUGCGAGGAUUGACACCUUCUACGGUGUACGAAGCUAUCGUCACAUCGAGAAACAGAUUUGGUUGGAGCAAACCAUCUUCAAUACUACAUUUUGCUACUGAACCGGGAGCUGGGCGUACAAGACCAUCAACAGCAGAUUAUUCAGAAAUAACUCCAGUUCUUGUUGAGACGGAACCUCAGCCUUACAACAUCUCACAAGCUCAAGUUUUCGAACGACUCAACGAAGUGUCAAGCGGUGCGCGGGAAACCACAUCUUUGGCGGCCAUUUUAAUUUGUUAUUGUAUUUUGUUUAUGUUUAGUUGAGUUUCUUGUUAAAAUAUUUGUAGAUAGAUGUUCUAUUUAAUUAAUUAAUUAUGAUUCAUUAAAAUUGAAGCUAUAUUUAUUUUAUAUGUAUCUGAAACCAGUGACUUGUACGAUAAUAAGCUCAAAAAAUGUGCUUUGUAAAUGCGAACGACGAAUCAAUAAAUCAGGUGAAAGCAAUUAUUUUUGCUACUAGUGGACAAUGAAAAUUGUUUGAAAUGUCGACAUUUUAUAUAUUUUGUUCUACUUAUUUUUUACGAAUAUGUAUAAAUGAAUAGGUAUGGAUUAAAACUUAGUUUAAAUAAUAAUAAUUUAUUCAAAAAUGGUUAAUAAUAAAAAAUAGGUUCUUUUUUGCGAAAUGGGCAAAGAGAUUUGGUUAAUAAAAUUUAAUAAAAAAUUAAAACAUGUAAAUUGGUAAAUAAUGCACGUUAAGGGAUUGAAUUUGUAUAGGAACAAUAAUUGAAUUUUAACAAAGGUUCCUGUAAUGUAAAUAAAUAGUUCUUAAGAACGAUCUAAUUGAUAAAUAUAUUUUUUUAAUAAUUUAAUAAAGGUGAUUAUUUAUUUUUUGAA